AUCCAAGUUUUCCAACAGGUAUUCGAAACAGUACACCAAACCUCCAUUGGGACCCAGUCCCAACUCGGACAUGACAUCCUGUAGGGAAACGAGCUCACGGACGUCGAUAGUGGGCGUAUAGGUGAAAUGCUCCGCUGCCGGGUCAAGGUUGACUAGGGCCGGAGAUGAAGACUGCAUAGCGGCCCAUGGCUACGCAGAUGCGAGGACGACGUGAUAGUGAUGAGGGGAAAAGAAAUGGCAGAAGAGGGCCAAUAAUCUUGACAAAAGUAGCGAAUCGCAGCCCUCAUCUCUAUCCGCUUCCUUACGUAAGCAUCGCCUCCACUGACGCUUGUCCGCUGCUUUCUCACUCCCACGCCCAAGCCCACGCCGACGGUCGCUGCUUUCACCUCGGCCUCUGUUCUUCCUCGUCGUCCCAUUAAGCAAGAUGUCAGGGCACCCUGCGAACCCCUCGCUCAGCCUAUGGUCAGCCUCUUCUACCCAUACGCCACGAGUCUGCACGAUAGCAGGUUCAGACUCGGGCGGUGGAGCAGGAAUACAAGCAGACCUCAAAACGGUCCUUGCGCUAGGAGGGUACGGUUUGUCAGUCAUUACGGCGCUUACGGCACAGAACACUACAGGGGUAAGCGGGAUCCAUGUUCCUCCCGUCGACUUUCUUCGGAAGCAGGUGCAGAGCGUUAGGAAGGAUAUCAGGAUCGAUGGGUGGAAGAUUGGCAUGCUAGCUAAUGAGGAGGUGGUCGGAGUUGUUGCAGAGGAAUUGAAGGACGUCAAGGCCCCCGUGGUGCUGGACCCCGUGAUGGUUUCCACGUCGGGAUCUCUCCUCUUACCGCAUGAGGCUAUUCAAGGCUUGAUAACCAAGUUACUCCCGCAGUGCACGCUCCUGACGCCCAAUUUGCCGGAGGCUGAGCAGCUACUUGCCCACGCGACGGUGGGUCGAUCAGAGGCACAGGGGAGCAGUAAGCAGCCCAUUCCUUCUCCACAGCCUCUACAAACUCUUCAGGAUCGUCUAGAUGCAGCAAAGAAGCUCUCCGACCUCGGACCAAAGGCUGUGUUGCUCAAAGGCGGGCACAAGGCCUUCAAGCGACGGGAGGUGGAUGAGGCGCUGAGGAGCUUGGGUAUCCUUCAAGCUGAUCAGCAGCCACAUGAGCAUCACGGUCGAUGUCGGAAGGUCCAGCAGGACCUCGAAGGUAGCAGAAGUGCAGCACCCGACGCCCUGUCUCCCGGAGCGGCCGUCUCCCUCUCAUCGCGCGGCUCGUCGCACAACCUCAUCGUAGUACGAAGCGACGGCCAUCCCUACUCCCCUGUGCUGCGCCACCUGCUCAACGAAGAAGACGACGGCGCAGAGGAGGAAGUAGUGAUCGACAUUCUCUUCACCUCACAGACCAACACGUACACCCUCUUCGUCGGUCCACGCCUCACACAGGGUUGUACCCAUGGGACUGGAUGCACCCUCAGUUCGGCGUUGGCUACGCAUCUUGCUGCGGGAAGCGGCAGUGGCGAGGGAGAGGUUGAUGAAGACGCGCAGCUGCGUCGCGCAUGCUGGCGAAGUAUCGCGUAUGUGCAAGCAGCAAUCGUGAGGGGCUAUGAGGACUUGGGAAAGGGACCGGGUGCGUUGGAUCAUGCGGUCAGUGUUGGGCCGAGGGGAGUCCUACAAAGCACGGCAGAGAGAUUCACUGCUGCGAAGGAGCAAGACGAUAUUUCGGCGGAUACCACGGAGCGAUAUGCUGGCAUGCUCUCCCCCUCCUCGUCAUCACGUCUUGGCUCUCAACCCACUCCGGUAGUGACAGCCCUCCUCUCUCGCUCCCAACCCCUCUGGGAAGCGUAUGUCUGGCAUCCUUUCGUUCAACGAUUGGCUCUACACUUCCAGCCUGCCUCUUCCUCAUCAUCAGCAUCACACCAGCCGCUCUCUCGCGCUCCCUUCCUCCACUUCCUCAAGCAAGACUACCACUUCCUCCUACACUACUCACGACUUUGGUCACGUUCCGCUUCAUCUGCCUCCUCAUUUGCUGAGGCGGACUACUUCCUCACACUGGCGCACGGUAUGGCCCGCGAGGCGGCGGGGCACGUAGCGUUGUGCGAGGGCUCAUUCGGGGUGGGCAAGAGGGAGCUAGAGGCGGAGAGAGAAGGCGAAGCCGUUAUGGCUUAUACGCGCUUCGUGUUGGAUGUGGCGGACAAGCAUGGGGGUGCAAGCCUGGAGACACUUACAGUCACAAUGCCCUGUCUCCUCGGAUAUGCGGACAUGGGCUGGCGGCUGCGCCUCGCCGAUUCUGGCGACUCUUCAUCCAAGAUGAGCGACAGCCUGCGCACAUGGUAUCAGCAGUACGUCAGUACCGGGUACCUGACGGCUGUUCGUGCUGGUUUGGCCAAGCUGGAGGAAGAGGCGGCGGGGAUGCAGCAACCCUCUGCGGAGAGGAUGGAGAGAUUGCAGGGCUUGUGGGAUCAAGCGUUGAGGCUUGAGAGGGGCAUGUGGGACGAGGCGAUGCGUGUGACUGGAGAGGAGAUGUAGAGCAUAGAUAAUAGAUUAAAUCUAGAGAGCCGCAAUAACGCUGCACCUUACUCGCGCAACAGUGGCG